CGUCACUGGAUCCCCCUGCCUGCCCGGUCGCCAGUCUCCGUGCGCGCUCUUUGACAUGAAGUUAUAUACCGCUCAUGCCACCUCUGGUGCUCGUUCGCCCUUGCGUUUUCUAUCAGCGCACAGCAAUCACCAGUGCUACGAUAAUCUCUUGUUCCCUUCCAGCCGUUUUGAUCAAGACACCUUACAUUUCCCCAACGAUCAUGACGUUCUCCUCUCCCACCGGUGCUACAACCCCUGUCGCCAGCUGCGCCGACACACCGCUUGGUGACGAAGAGAUCAAUAGCUGGCCGGCAUCCCCUUCCGGCCUGUCAAGCCCCACGCUCCUCCCGAUCGGCACAGACGUCAUGGCCGAGCUUUUCGACAUGCUCCGCGGGAGGACAAGGACGCAACUGCACGAGCUCGAGUCCGAGGCCAACGAGACGAUCCGUCGGCUCUGGGCGUCGUAUUGUGCCGGCGGCGGACUGUCCGCGAAUUUCCGGUCGUUCAAGCACGCUGUCGAGAAAACGGUGGAUGAGUUCAAGGAGGCAAGGGAUGAGAUCUACGUCGAUAUGGCCUGUGAGUACGGCAGGCUGCAAGCGAACAUGGUGUGGGAUGCCCUGGCAGCUAGGGAUCUCAUACCCGAUCAAUAUAUAAAGCUUCGGUUCGAGAUUAGAGACUGGCACGCU